GCUGUGCGGGUGCAGGUCCGCGGAGUUGCGCAGGGUUCCCUUCCCCCCGGCAGCCCUCCGCCUGAGAGCAAGGGUCUCAGAGAGCAAUGGUGCCCCCAUACUCCAUGAUGGGACCCUUCAGAGGACACAGGAGUCUCAAAAGCAAACCUUUUUCUCCUGGACCUUCCUGCAAGCUCUCCAACCACUACAUCAUUCAAGAUCACAUGGUGGCUCAUUACAAGAAACUGAUGUCUGCCAAAGCUGCUGUUGAUUCAUCUGCACCAAAGAGUCUGCACUCCAGUGUUAAAUACAAAGACCAGCAGAAAAGGAACAGACUGAUUCAAGGCCUUGUGAAAUAUAAGGGUCUUGCACAUGGUCUUCCUGCCUCACCAUUCAAUUCCAGAAGCAUUUCUCCAAACCAGCAGAAGGCAAAGUGGCCACUGGUGGAAAAUGCUCACCUACAUUUGACACCAGGCCAGAGCAACAGUUCUAGGACAAAGAGAGAGAAGUGCCUGUCUGUAUCUUUUCAGAAGCCCUCUUCAAGGACUUUGAUGUCAGCUCCCACUGCAGAGAAGACUACCCAAAGUACUGCUCAGUAUGCUUUGUCUCAGACUGCUGUUCACAACUCAAGUAGAGGCAGAUCAUCUGCUACACCACUUCUGCAGCCUUGCAUGCAUUUAGACAGCUGCAGCAGGAAGAAGGUGUUUCAAAACUCUUCUAAUAAAACCUACUCUGGGGACCUCCUUGACAAACAUUCAAUAUACUUCUCAGAAAAGCAGCAGUGCUUUACUCCUCAAAUCUUGAAAACAUCACACCAAUCUUUUCUUGUAAAAUAUAGGUAUUAUAAUCCUCCUCCUCAAAGAAGGAACUCCUCCCUUGGCAAACCAUCACUUAAAUCAGCAGACAUCAACAACGACAAGAAAAGAGAGUUGCAUGGAUAACUUUGUUUAUACAUCAGUACUACAAGUAAAUAAUUUUGCUAUUAAAGCAGAACU